CCAUCGCUGGCUGGCUGGGAGACUGGCCCUCUCUGCAUCUCUAACAAGGAGCUGUCCGAGCUGAUCGAGCAGCUGCAGAAGAAUGCCGACCAGGUGGAGAGGAACAUCGUGGACACGGAGGCCAAGAUGCAGAGCGACCUGGCCCGGCUGCAGGAGGGCCAGCAGCUCGCGCACCGGGAUGUGACCCUGCAGAAGGUGUCGGACUCUGAGAAGCUGCUGUAUUUGCUGGAGGCAGACUCAGCCAUCGCCAAGCAGAUGAGGCAUCCCCAGGGGGACAUGAUCGCGGAAGACAUCCGGCAGCUGAAGGAGCGUGUGACCGACCUCCACAGGAAACACAAGCAGAUCUACAGCCUGUCCGUGAAGGAGGUGGACCCACAGGUCAACUGGGCGGCACUCGUGGAGGAAAAGCUGGAUAAGCUGAGCAGCCAGAGCUUCGGGACGGACCUGCUGCUGGUGGACCAGCAGGUGGAGAAGCACAAUAUCUUCCACAACGAGGUCAAGGCCAUCGGGCCUCACCUGGCCAAGGACUGGGGCAAGGAGCAGAACAGUGACCUCCAGGCCAAGUACCAGAAACUGCUGGCAGCUUCUGAGGCUCGGCAGCGGCACCUGAGCUCACUGCAGGACUACAUGCAGCGCUGCACCAACGAGCUGUACUGGCUGGACCAGCAGGCGCACGACCGCAUGCAGUACGACUGGAGUGACCGCAAUCUGGACUACCCCAGCCGCCGGCGCCAGUAUGAGAAUUUCAUCAACCGGAACCUGGAGGCCAAAGAGGAGAGAAUCAAUAAGCUGCACAGCGAGGGUGACCAGCUGCUGGCCGCCGAGCACCCCGGGAGGAACUCCAUUGAGGCGCACAUGGAGGCUGUGCACGCAGACUGGAAGGAGUACCUGAGCCUGCUCAUCUGCGAGGAGAGCCACCUGAAGCACAUGGAGGACUACCACCAGUUCCACAAAGACAUGAAGGAUGCUCUGGAGCUGCUGUGCAAGGUGGACUCAGACCUGGACCAGAAGUACAACCCUGACUUCAAGGACCGAUUCCAGAUUGAGCUGCUGCUGCAGGGGCUGAGUGACCAGGAGGAGGCUCUGGACAAGUAUGAGCACGUGGUGCGGGCCCUGCAGAAGCGAGGGCAGCGGGUGGUGCCCCUCAGGUACCGCCGGGAGACGCCGCUUCAGCCCAUCCCUGUGGAGGCGCUCUGUGACUUUGAGGGUGACCAGGGCCCGAUCUCCCGGGGCUGCAGCUACACCCUGCAGAGCAACAAUGGGGAGAGCUGGGACCUCACCGACAGUGCGGGGAACAAGCUGAGUGCCCCCGCCGUCUGCUUCACGAUCCUCCCCACCGACCCCGAGGCCCGGGCUCUGGCUGACAGCCUGGACAGCCGGUUCCGGAGCGUGCAGCAGAAGGCAGCGGGCAGCAGAGGUGCCCUCCAGCAGCGCUACGAGGUGCUGAAAGCAGAGAACCCCGGAGAUGCUUCCGACUUGCAGGGGCGGCAGCUGCUCGCUGGCCUGGACAAGGUGGCCAGCGACCUGGACCGGCAGGAGAAGGCCAUCACGGGGAUCCUGCGGCCGCCACUGGAGCAGGGCCGCGCGGUGCAGGACAGCGCCGAGCGGGCCAAGGACCUCAAGAACAUCACCAAUGAGCUGCUGCGGAUUGAGCCUGAGAAGGUGCGCAGCGUGGCGGAGGGCGAGGCGUUCGUGCGGGCCCUCCCAGGCAGCGGCAGUGCGCCCCUGCUGAGGACCCGGGUGGAGGACACCGAGCGCAGAUACGAGCGCCUGGCACAGCUGCUGCACUCGGCCCAGGAGAAGUUAGAUGUCGCCAACCGCCUGGAGAAGAGCCUGCAGCAGGGCUGGGAGGUGCUGGCUGUGUUCGAGAACCAGCUAGCCCAGGAUGACACGGUGCCCGAGCCCGGCCCCGCCUUGGACAGCAGGAGGCAGGAGCUGGUGGCCCUGGUCUCCGAGCUGCAGGCCCAGAAGUCCCUCCUGGCUGAGGUGGAGCAGAACCUGCAGGCAGCCAGGCAGUGCUCCAGCUUGCUGGCCAGCCGUUUCCAGGAGCACUGCCCCGACCUGGAGCGCCAAGAGGCCGAGGCGCACAAGCUGCGCCAGCGCUUCGACAACCUCUGCCAGCAGGUUGAGCUCAGGGCCCGGAGCCUGCAGAGCGCCAGGGCCGCUUACGACGACUACCGCGCUGGCUGCGACCGUGUGCUCCACCUCCUGUCCUGCACCCCCAGCUAUGAGCCCCGGGAGACAGACAGCCUCAGCCAGGUGGAGACCAAGCUGAACAAUCAGAAGAACCUGCUGGAUGAAGUAGCGGGAAGGGAGCAGGAGGUGCAGAGCAUCUGCGCCCUCUCCCGGCGGUACCAGCAGGCUGUCAAGGUGGGCCACCUGCCUGUGGCGGGGACCAGCAGGGGCCUCCUUCCUCCGAGUGGGCUGGGGGAGGGCCCUGCGCCUGGCAUGGUCGUCCCAGGCACUGCGGGCAGCUGUGCAGAUGGGCACAGCCCUUUGGGGGAACCGUAUGGUGCCAGACAUCAGAUGCCAGGAAAGGGUUUCCUACUAUUUGAAGCAGUAAACUGGGGGAACCCCUGGAACUCUAGUGAGCCUGACGCUAAGGGAGUCCUUGGGGAUCCCAGGACAACCAGUCCGACCUGUUUGCAGGUGACCCGGGUGCACUCCGACCAGGUGGGGACAGGCUGUGCGGAGAGUCUGGCUUUAACCAUGCACUGUCUUCUCCCCCAGCAGCCAGAGGCAGGCGUGACCCAUGAGACCCGGCAAGGGAGCCAGCCGGGCUCGGGAGGGGAGGAGACGUGGAGAGUCCAGAAGGAGCUGGAUGAGGAGACCGAACGGAGGCGGCAGCUGGAGGAGGAGGUCCAGAGUGUCCGGGAGGAGGUCCAGGUUCUGCAGAAUCAGAGCCCCCAGGAAUUGGUGGUGAGGAAGGAGGUGCUGAAGAAGGUGCCGGAGCCCGGGCUGCAGGAGAGCUUCCAGCAGAUGCAGCGGACUCUGGCGGACGAGCAGCACAAGAACCAGCUGCUGCGGGAGGAGCUGCAGGCGCUGCGGCAGCGGCUGCGCGCCCUGGAGCAGGAGGCUGCGGGCGGGGGGCAGGAGUUCGUGGUCAAGGAGGUGCUGCGCAUCGAGCCGGACAGAGCCCAGGCGGACGAGGCCCUGAGGCUGAGGGGGGAGCUGGAGGAGCUGCGGCGGCAGAAGGGCACCCGGGAGGCAGAGGCGGCCCUCCUGCAGCAGCGCAUCGCCGCCCUGGCCCGGGAGAAGAACCGGGCGCAGGAGAGGGUCACCGAGAAGGAGGUGGUGAGGCUGCAGAAUGACCCGCAGCUGGAGGCGGAGCACCGGCGGGCGCAGGAGGGCCAGGAGCGGGAGGCCAGGCUCCGGGAGAAGCAGGAGGAGGAGCUGAGCUUCCUCCAGGACAAGCUCAAGAGGCUGGAGAAGGAGCGGGCGAUGGCUGAGGGGAGGAUCGCAGUCAAGGAGGUGCUCAAGGUGGAAAAGGAUGUGGCCGUGGAGAGGCAGGCCGGCGACCUCAAGCGCCAGUAUGAGGACGAGGCCGCCAGGGCUCGCGCCAAGCAAAGGGAGAAGACUGAGCUGCUCCGCAAGAUCUGGGCCUUGGAAGAGGAAAACGCCAAAGUGCUGGUGCAGGAGAGAGUGCGCGAGAUCGUCCGGCCCGACCCGCAGGCCGAGCGGGAGGUGGCAGACCUGCGCCUGGAGCUCGUGGAGCAGGAGCGCAAGUACCGGGGCGCCGAGGAGCAGCUGAAGAGCCACCGGAGGGAGCUGGAGGCGCUGCGGCAGCGGGGCCCCCAGGUGGAGGUCAGGGAGGUGACCAAGGAAGUCAUCAAGUACCAGACCGACCCCGAGGUGGAGGAGGAGCUUCGGAGGCUCAGGGAGGAGAUCGUGGACAAGACCCGGCUCAUCGAAAGGUGUGGCCUCGAGAUCUACCAGCUGAAGCGAGAGAUCCAGUCCCUGAAAGACACCGAACCCCAGGUCCAGACCAAGGAGGUGGUCCAGGAGAUCCUCCAGUUUCAGGAGGACCCCCAAACCAAAGAGGAAGUAGAGUCUUUGAGGGCCAGACUGUCCGAGGAGCAGAAGCAGCAGGUGGACCUGGAAAGGGAAAGGGCUUCCCAGGAGGAGAAGGUCAGGCAGAAGGAGCAGGAGCUCGCCCAGGUGAAGGAAAAGGUGGUCCAGCAGGAGGUGGUCAGGUACGAGGGGGAGCCCGGGCUGCGGGCCGAGGUGGACGCCUUCACGGAGAGCAUCGACGUGGAGCUCCGGCAGGUCGACCGCCUCCGCGGGGAGCUGCGGCGGCUGCAGCGCCGGCGGGCCGAGCUGGAGCAGCAGCUGGAGGAGCUGCAGCGGGAGCGGCAGGCGCGCAGGGAGGCCGAGCUGGAGGUGCAGCGCCUGAAGCAGCGGCUGGCUGAGCUGGAGGAGGAGGACGGGGAGGCCCGGGAGAAGGUGACCCUCAGGCAGAAGGUGGUGCUGCAGCAGGACCCCCAGCAGGCCAGGGAGCACGCCCUGCUCAAGCUGCAGCUGGGAGAGGAGCGGCACCAGCGGCAGGUCCUGCACGGCGAGCUCGAGGCCCUGAGAAGGCAGCUCGCCGCCCUGGAGAAGGCGGAGGUCAGGGAGAAGGUGGUCUUCUCCGAGAGCGUCCAGGUGGAGAAAGGCGACGCGGAGCAGGAGAUCCAGAAGCUCAAGAGCAGCCUGGAGGAGGAGAGCCGGGGCAAGCGGGAGCUGGACGCCGACGUGAGCCGGCUGGAGGCCAGGCUGUCGGAGCUGGAGUUCCGCAACUCCAAGUCGUCCAAGGAGCUGGACUUCCUAAGGGAAGAGAACCACAAACUGCAGCUGGAGCGGCAGAACCUGCAGCUCGAGACCCGAAGGCUCCAGUCAGAGAUUGAAAUGGCAGCGACGGAGACCCAGGACUUGCGACACUUGGCCUCGGGGGACGCGGCGGGGGGCCUCGGCUCCCGGCUCUGGUCCCUGGAGCAAGAGCUGGACGCCCUCAAGAGGCUGUCCAAGGACAAGGACCUGGAGAUCGGCGAGCUGCACAAGCGCCUGGGCUCCAUGGCCGUCAAGAGGGAGCAGAGGGAGAACCACCUGCGGCGCUCCAUCGUGGUCAUCGACCCCGACACCGGCCGGGAGCUGUCCCCGCAAGAGGCCCACCGGGCCCGUCUCAUCGACUGGAACAUGUUUGUGAAACUCAGGAGCCAGGAGUGUGACUGGGAGGAAAUAUCGGUGAAGGGUCCCAACGGGGAGUCCUCGGUGAUCCACGACCGGAAAUCCGGCAAGAAGUUCUCCAUUGAAGAGGCCCUGCAGACCGGAAGGCUGACCCCGGCUCAGUAUGACUGCUACAUCAACAAGGACAUGUCCAUCCAGGAGCUGGCUGUCCUGGUGUCUGGGCAGAAGUAGCCACCACCCUGCCCUCUGCCUCCAUGGAGGCAGACAGCUGGCUCUCCUGCCCAGUGCCCUCCUCCCUGGCCCUGGGUGGGCUCCUGGUCCAUGCAGAGCCCAGCGUGCUACCCACACUCUCGCCGCCAGGCUGCUCAGAGCCCACACACCAAUCAGCAGGACGGGCACUGGCCGACCGUCACUCAGCCUGGGUGACUGACCUGCUUUUCCUCCAAUGAUGUGGCAGCCACCCUGCCCGUCUUUUCCCUCCUGUUCCUACGGUGGACUGCAGUGGUCUCAUCAAUGGGCUCCUGGUGUGGCACACUAACGCAGGUGACUAAGGCGGACAAGCCCCCUCCACGGCAGCAGCCUUCACACCCAGGUGGGGGCUCCAGGGCAGAAAGACACCCACCACACACCUUCCCCUUCAUCAGAGGACUAGGCCCCUCCGGGAUUCUGGCUGAGAGCUGACCUCCUGCCCCAGGCCCUCUGGGGAGACAGAUCUGGGCCCUGCCCCAGAAGAGGGCAAAGAAAACACAAGUGUCUGGCCCUUGGUGCCAGAGCGAAGGUGUCCUGUCAGCCGGCCUGUCCAGGAAAAGGCACCAUCGCCAGCGUGUCUGGCUCUGCAAUGACUUUCCCCGCGGACAGUGCUGCCGUCAGUCUCAGCGUCAGGGCCUUGCAAGCCUCGCUCAUUGUCUCGUUGUUGAGGUGUACUUACUACCCAGUGGACUUCUCGCCGGAUGAAUUUCAGGUUUUCUCUGUCUCAUGUAUUAUGUAGGGAAACGGGAAGUAGGGAACUCUAUUGAUAGCACAAAAAUAAACACCUGGUGGCUUGAUUCUAAUUUCA